GCCCCCCCCGCCCUUAUUGGCAGCCCCGCGGAGCGGCGCCUGCCCCUUCCUCCCGCGGCCGGCCCGGGGCGAGGGCUGGGCCGGGCCCGCCAUGAACUUCUCGGAGCCGUGCCGGCUGUCGGGGCUGCUGGGCAGGAUCUCCCCCGACGGGCGCUGCCUGGCUUCGUGUGUGCAGUACCGGCUCAUCGUUCGGGACGUGACCACCCUCCAGCUCCUCCAGCUGUACACUUGCCUGGAUCAGAUUCAGUACAUAGAGUGGUCGUCCGACUCCCUUUUCAUCCUGUGUGCCAUGUACAAGCGAGGGAUCGUCCAGGUCUGGUCCUUGGAGCAGCCAGACUGGCACUGUAAGAUAGACGAAGGCUCAGCAGGAUUGGUGGCUUCAUGCUGGAGUCCGGAUGGUCGUCACAUUCUCAAUACAACUGAGUUUCAUCUGCGGAUAACUGUGUGGUCCUUGUGCACCAAGUCUGUGUCUUACAUCAAGUAUCCCAAAGCUUGUCAGCAAGGGAUCGCUUUCACUAAGGACGGCCGCUAUAUGGCAGUAGCAGAAAGACGCGACUGCAAAGACUUCGUCAGCCUCUUCGUAUGCAGUGACUGGCAGCUACUCAGGCAUUUUGACACUGAAACACAAGAUCUGUUUGGGAUCGAAUGGGCUCCCAACGGCUGUGUUCUGGCAGUGUGGGAUACGUGUCUAGAGUAUAAAAUAUUGCUGUACUCCCUUGAUGGCAGACUGCUGUCCACAUACCGGGCGUAUGAGUGGUCCUUAGGCAUAAAAUCAAUUGCCUGGAGUCCCAGCAGUCAAUUUUUGGCAAUUGGCAGCUAUGAUGAAAAGGUGCGUAUCUUGAACCACGUAACUUGGAAAAAGAUCGCAGAGUUCGAACAUCCAGCAACGGUUGCUGACACAAAGACUGUUGUGUAUAAAGAAGUGGAGAAACCUCCAUCGGUUGAAACGGAGAGGCUUUCGUUCCCACCGACAAGAGCGUUGGCUAGUUCUCUCUUCAGCACACAAAGUAAAUAUGACAUUUCCCAGGUGCCGGUCUCUUUCCAGUAUAUCAAACCAGUUGCUGAUAGGGCUAAUCCCAAAAUGGGGAUUGGGAUGUUGGCAUUCAGUUCAGACAACUGCUUCCUGGCAACCAAAAAUGAUAACAUUCCUAAUGCUGUCUGGAUCUGGGACAUUCAAAAGCUGAAGCUAUCUGUAGUCCUAGAGCAGCUGUGUGCUAUCCAAUCUUUCCAGUGGGAUCCACGACAACCUCGACUUGCUGUGUGUACAGGAAAUAGCAAAGUCUACUUAUGGUCCCCAGCUGGAUGUGUGUCAGUGCAGGUUCCAGUGGAAGGUGAAUUCCAGAUCGUCUCUCUCUGCUGGCAUCCUAGUGGAGAUUCCAUGGCACUUCUGAGCAAGGAGAACUUUUGUAUGUGUUACUUGGAAAGAGAAGAGGUGAAAUAACUAUCAGCUGCAUUAAAAAUGCUCUUAAAUUUGGGGAAGAGGGUCAAACCCCAUUGCCCAAUCUGAAGGUUUUUGUACUUAUAUUUAUUUGAAGGUGCGUAACCAAACUCCAAUCUGUAAAGCACUGUUUAUAUUUGAAUGGUGUUGCAACUAAAGCACAGAGAAUGAAGUCUGGAUUUUAAGAAAACUAGUUUUCAUGUAGUUGAAUUUCCUUUGAAAUUUUGUCAACUAGGGAAUCUUACUUUCUAAAAUUGUAUCUGAGUGUAUAUAAUGUAUAGCUGUUAUUUAAAUUUGAUAAUUUCCAAUAAAUAUUUUGAUAG